AGCAUUUAUAUAUGUUGAACACUGCUUGUGCAUAUGUGUGUGGGUAAUCUAUCAUCACAGGACCAGAAAUGUGAUGAUUGGACUGUAAGUGAAAUGCCGCUAGAUCUAGUUUAACCUGUGGCAGAGGGUGUUCCUAAACAGAGAGAGGAAAAAAAAAUCAGAGGGAUUGAAAAAGGAUACGCCCUAAACUGGAACUGACUACAACAAGUUUGGACGGAAAAGAGCCAGCGUCUGGGGUUCAAGGCUGACAGAAGUUCGCCUGGGUUCGGCUUUGCGAGAAAGCAGUAACAUCCGAGACAACAUCGAGUCCUGACAACACGGCCUGAACCAUGUCGCAGCCCAACAAAAGGAAAGCUAAAGAACCCAAAAAGGGAGCAAAGAAGCAAGAUUUAUCUAAGUCAUCGAAACAAGGAGUCAGCAUGAGUGCUCAAACACCAGAGGAAAAGCCAAAAGGUGGUCAGCCUGCUAAGGCAGAAGAUUCUAAACCAAUGAGCUCAACUAGAAAGCCAUCGGAUAAGCUAGGAUCGGGAACUGCACACAAGUCAGCAGAUUCAAGCAAGGUCAAGUCUGCAUCUAGUCAUUCAACAAAACCAACUGCAGCUCCUGGAGGGAAACAGCAACAGCCACAAAGUACAAUGGGCCUGGGAUGGAGCAAGACUACCACAGUGGAUACAAAGGAAACGUCUCCCACAAAAUCAUCCAUGCCAGAGGCUUCUGUUCACAAAACCACAGAGCCAAAGCUUCAGGAUAAAAAGCCCAUGUUGAGUGCUGUGGACCAGCUUGUGGACACACUUCCAUCACAAGGACCAGAUACUUCCAUUCCUAAAUAUACUGGGCCUGAGGUUAAGGAAUCCAGUGAUUCCAAGAAGAAGGCUGAGCGUGUUGGAGAAACAGAAGAAUCAAUACCCCCUGAGUACAGAUUUACAGAACCAUCUGAUCCUAAGGAUAAAGGUAAAACGGUGCCUUCAUCCACACAUCCAGAAACAAAGCCAAAGGGUAUGUCAGAAGGUGACGCCUUGGAAUCUCUGUCAGCAGACUUUGGCCUCAGCUCUGCAGCUCCGAUUUCCAAAUGUUCAGCCGCAAUCUCUCAUUCUGCAGCUCCACAGUCUGUGCUGAAGGAGAUACCUUCAAAAGCUUCACCAGCUGCAAGUAAAGGUGAUUCAAAGGGUGAUGACCCAUUUGACCUGCUCGCAGGAACACUUCCAUCAGAGGCACCGGAUGAUUCAGGCCCAAAAUAUACUGGUCCUGAGGUGAAGGAAUCAGAUGUUAAUAAGAAGAAAGCUGAGCGAGUGGGAGAAACGGAAGAAUCCAUACCCCCUGAUUACAGAUUUAAAGAACAGCCUGAUCUGAAGGGCAAAGCGGCCUCAUUCUCCACUGGUCCAGGAGUAAAACCAGAGAAAAAAGGGAAGGGUCCAACAGACGAUGACAUCCUGGAGUCUCUGUCAGCAGACUUUGACCUCAGCUCUUCAGCUCCAGUUUCGAAAUGCUCGGCUGCGACCUCUCACUCUGCAGUUCCACUGUCAAUGCAGAAGCAGACACCUCUGCAAGCCUCAACAGCUGCCUCAGUUUCUGCGAGUAAAAAUGAAGUAAAGGCACCUCUGAAAGCUUCUACAGCUGCCACAGUUUCUGCGGGUAAAAGUGAUGCAAAGGAUGAGGAUCCAUUUGACCUGCUUGCUGGGACACUUCCAUCAGAAGCACCGGACAAUUCCGCUCCAAAAUACACUGGUCCUGAAGUGAAGGAAUCCAAUGCUGACAAGAAGAAGGCUGAACGAGUGGGAGAAACGGAAGAAUCUAUACCCCCUGAUUACAGACUCAAAGAUCAGCCAGACUCUAAGGAUAAAGCUAAAGGGGUUCCUUCGUCCACUGGGCCAGGCGCAAGACCAAAGGUCACAGAGAAGAGCAUGACAGAAAGUGAUGUCAUAAAGUCCCUGUCUGCAGACUUCGCUCACAACCCUCCAGCUCCAAUUUCAAAAUGCUCAGCCGCAAGUUCUCACUCUGCACCUCCACUGCCUUCACAGCAGAUUCUGACAGGCCUGCUGAGUAUUUCCAGCAUUUUCUUUGUAAUUACAAUUGUAAUGUUCUUUCUUGCAAAGGCACCUCUGAAAGCUGCUUCAGCUGCCUCAGUUUCAGCAAGUAAAAGUAGUGCUAAGGAUAAGGAUCCACUUGACCUGCUUGCAGGAACACUUCCGACUGAAGCACCGGACAAUUCCGCUCCAAAAUAUACUGGUCCUGCAGUGAAGGAAUCAGAUGCUGAUAAGAAAAAGGCUGAACGAGUAGGAGAAACUGAAGAAUCUAUCCCCCCUGAUUACAGACUCGAGGAACAACCUGAUCCUAAGGGUAAAGGUAAAGUGACCUCUUCUUCCACUGGCCCAGGUGCAAAAUCAAAAGAAACAGAGAAGAAAAUGACAGAAAGUGAUGUCCUGGAUUCUCUGUCAGCAGAUUUUGUCCAAAGCUCUCCAGCUCCAGUUUCCAAAUGUUCAGCUCCAGUGUCUCAAUCAGCACCUCCACCAACUUCACUGAAGCAGGCACCUCUGAAAGCUUCCACAGCUGCCACAGUAUCUGCGGCUAAAAGUGAUGCAAAGGGUGAAGACCCAUUUGAUCUGCUCGCAGGAACACUUCCAUCAGAAGCACCAGAUGAUUCAGGCCCAAAAUAUACUGGCCCCGAAGUAAAGGAAGCAGAUGCUAAGAAGAAGAAAGCUGAGCGAGUGGGAGAAACGGAAGAAUCCAUACCCCCUGAUUACAGAUUUAAAGAACAACCUGAUCCAAAGGAUAAAGGUAAAGUGGCUUCAUCAUCUGCUGGUCCAGGAGCAAAACCCCCAAAAGAAACAGACAAGAGAAUGACAGAUGAUGAUGUCCUGGAGUCACUGUCCACAGACUUUGUACGCAGUUCUCCAGCUCCAAUUUCAAAAUGCUCAGCUCCGACCUCUCACUCGGCAGCUCCAUUGUCUGUGCAAAAAGAGACACCUUUGAAAGCUUCGACAGCUGCCCCAGUUUCUGCGAGUCAACCUGGGACCAAAACACCUUUGAAAGCUUCAACAGCUGUCCCUAUUUCUGCGAGUCAACCUGGGACCAAAGAUGAGGAUCCAUUUGACCUGCUUGCUGGGACACUUCCAUCAGAAGCACCGGACAAUUCCGCUCCAAAAUACACUGGUCCUGAAGUGAAGGAAUCAGAUGCUAAGAAGAAGAAGGCUGAACGAAUGGGAGAAACUGAAGAAUCUAUUCCCCCUGAUUACAGAUUUAAAGAACAACCCGAUCAUAAGGAUAAAAGUAAAGGAUCCUCUUCCUCUGCUGGUCCAGGAGCAAAACCAAAGGAAUCAGAAAAGUGUGCCACAGAAGGUGACGCCCUGGAUUCUCUGUCAGCAGACUUUGGCCUGAGCUCCCAAGCUCCAAUUUCAAAAUGCUCAGCUGCAACCUCGCACUCAGCAGUUCCACACGAUGUGCCAAAGGAGGUACCUCUGAAAGCUUCAACAGCUGCCUCAGUGUCUGCAAGUCAAGGUGAUACUAAGGGUGAAGAUCCAUUUGACCUUCUGGCAGAAACAUUACCGUCAGAAGCACCAGAUUCUGCUCCCAAAUACACUGGCCCUGAAGUGAAGGAAGCAGAUGUUACUAAGAAGAAAGCUGAGCGAGUGGGAGAAACGGAAGGAUCCAUACCCCCCGAUUACAGAUUUAAAGAACAACCUGAUCCGAAGGACAAAGGUAAAAUUGCCUCUUCCUCUACUGGUCCAGGAGCAAAACCAAAGUCUAUGUCAGAAGAUGAUGUCCUGGAGUCACUGUCCGCAGACUUUGUCCAAAGCUCGCCAGCUACAAUUUCAAAAUGCUCAGCUCCAACUUCUCACUGUGCAGCUCCACCACCUUCACUGAAACAGGCACCUGUGAAAGCUUCGAAAGCUGCCCCUGUUUCUGCAAGUCAGGGUGGUACGAAGGGUGAAGAUCCAUUUGGGAUGCUUGCUGAAACUCUUCCAUCUGAAGCCCCAGACAAUUCAGGUCCCAAAUACACUGGCCCAGCUGUGAAGGAAACUGAUCAUUCCAAGAAGAAGCCUGAGCUUGUUGGAGAGACUGAAGAAUCUAUCCCCCCUGACUACAGAUUUAUAGAACAACCUGAUCCUAAGAAUAAAGGCAAACAGGCCACUUCCUCCUCUGGUCCUGGAGCAAAACCAAAGGCAACAGAGAAGCUACCGUCAGAGGCUGAGCUAAUAGAAUGCAUGGCAUCAGAGUUCGACUCUUCAGCUUCACCUUCUGGUGCACCACUCUCCAAGCAGAAAGAGGCAGGCCAUAAUACUAAAAGUGUAAGCAAGACAGCUUCAGAACCCAAGACCAGCGAUGUAGGACCGAAAUCACCAAAGACAAAAACUCAACCCAGUGCAAAAAAAGCCCACAAGCCCUAAUGACUACAAAACCAGGUCCGGGUUUAAAACUGACCACUGUGCAAAUUUGUCUACUUUGGGAAUGUGCCUCCAUUUAAAUAAAUAUCUGUGGUUUUCUUUCAUUUUGAGCUGCUGUAACAUGUUUUGUGGAGAAGUAAUGUACUGAACAUCAAUGUUGAGCAUAAUCAAAAUUCAAACUCAACUUACUAAUUCUAAUUUUGCAUCACCUGUUCUCUGAAGGUUUACAAACUGGAUUUAUAUAUUUAAAAAGAUUUUUUUCUCUCUCUAAGGGGAAGGAUGCUAUAUUUGUAGGAAUGUUUACUCAUAUUUUAAGCCACAAAAAUUUUCGUGUUACAUUUUUGGUGUUGUAUGAUAAUUACCACAGGACAUUAGACUGUGUAGUUCUUACAUUUUCAUUUUGAGUCAGGAGAUGUCUGAAGUCUGUGCACAAUAAUGAAUUCUGUCUCUGUCCCUCUCCUUUGAAACUGUUCUGAGGCCGAACCUUACUGUUUUCAACCUUGGUGUGGUACUGAACCGCAGGAUAAGCUUCUAACCAUAUAUUCAUUUCCUCAUCAGGACUGCUUACUUCCAUCGCUGAAAUUAUUGCCCAACUCUAUCCCUGUCUCAGCUCAUCUGCCGCUGAAAACCCAUGUUCAUACCUGCCUUAUCUCUGACCUGCCUAUUCAAUUAUUGUACUGGCCAUCCUCUGAGCUCCCAUACAGGUAACAUCCUGUUGCCCAUCUUCUGACUCACACCAUUUAUAUUCUCCGAUCAACCUCAUACUGCCUGAUUUGCAGAGAAUUGUUUCCAGAUCAUUGUAUCUAUUGCCCUCAAGGAUAUCUGCACUCCAGUCAAAUUAAGAGUGGAAAAAGCUGGAAGUACUCAGCAGGCCUGACAGCAUCUGUGGAGUGAAAAACAGACCUAACACUUCAGGUCAACGACCUUUUAUUACAGCAAUCCAAUUCUAACCUCCUGAGCAUCCCUGAUUUUAAUUGCUUCACUAUUUGUGGUCAUGUCUUCAGUGACAUGGAACCUAAGCCUGGGAACUCCCGCCAUAAACUUGUGCCUCUUUUAAAACACUAAGAUUUGCUUUUAAAGAAGCUUUUAGUGACCUGUCAGAAUGUUAUCUUAUGUGGCUUGGUGUAAAAUUGUGUUUGGGAACUCUCCUGUAAAGACCCUCAGUAUGUUUCACUAAAUGUGUUACAUAAGUACAAGUUCUUGAACAAUAAUGUGUUUACGUUGUGUAAAAGGCUGAUAUAACUGUUUGAAUAUACUAUAUUUUCCUAACCUUGUACCACAUAAAGCAUUUUGUUUGGGACUCAGUUGUUCAAGUUUACUUGUGGACUAUUGCUUUGGGUGUAUUAUAGAAAUUGAAUCAGGUGGGUUAAAAGGUAAUUUGAAAAUAAACUGCAAUUAACUUGUAAAA